AUCGCAACUAUUAGUCGCUUCAUCUCUGGGGAUUACCAUGGCAACAAUAUGCGCGGGGAAAGAAUGCGCUGGCGGGGAGCGCGCGAGCUCAUUGGGGGGCAUUGAGGGGGAUUGAGGUCGCUGAUUGGCUCAAAGGAAGCACCAUAACUACACGAAGUUUAUAUUCAUUCAACUUGUUCAAGUGGUUAAACUACUGCAGUGAGAGGGCAGCCAAGCUGGACAGCGUUUCUGCACAAAAACAAGUGACAUCUGUGGAUGCGGAAUGGCUUAAAACACAAGCUCUGGUUAAAAAUGGCAAGCUCUGACAGCGAAGUGAAAACCUUACUUAACUUCGUGAAUUUGGCUUCGAGCGACAUCAAGGCGGCCCUGGACAAAUCGGCCCCCUGUAGACGCUCCGUGGACCACAGGAAGUACCUUCAGAAGCAGCUGAAGCGUUUCUCGCAGAAGUGCCCGAGGACGCCUCGCUGCCACACACACAGAAUCAGCGAGUCCGCUGCUGCUAAACUGACCGAGGACAAGCGCGUUGUGUUUACGCAUGAACGUGAAAAAAACCUUCUGAUCGAAAAGCAAGCCACACACACACGUGGAGAAGAGAACGUGCAUGGAAACCCGAACAGUGAGAACCGGAGCGCAGCGGGUCACAUUCCCAUGCGCAAACGCCAGCUCCCGGCUUCCUUCUGGGAAGAACCGCGCUCCUCUCACAUCAGUUUUGAAUAUGCGUGGAAAAGCCACUCGAGCGGGACUGCAGGCUACGGAUCUUCAGAGACUGAUGGAGAGAAAAGGACCACGAUUGAAGAUGAACUGAAAGCGAACUCGUGGCUGCGCGUUCGGCGGGGAUCUUCUGACCUGGAGCCUCUGAAGGUGGAUCUGACUUCCAGCAACGUGGCCGUGUGCGCGUACUGUCCGCUUCAGUGCCAUGGACACCGGCUCCUCCACAGCCACCUUAUAACGCCUCAUAGUGCAUUUACCGAGCCGGGGCUCAGGGCCAAAACACCCGCGACUGAACUGGACAUGCACAAAAUCAGAGAUGGACUGAAAUACCGUUCAACGCACGUCGUGGUCAAGCCUAUUCCCACCAAACCCGUUUCCUCCUCCAUUUUCAGCGUGUUUGGUUUUAUUUAGGCGUCUGCGGACAUGCCUGAACAUUACUGUCAUUAGUGCAAAUAACGAUGACUACAAACUGUAAAUACUUGGCCAUUUCAAGAGUUAAGUCUGUAUUCAUUGGCUUGAUGUGUAAAUAUUGAAGGCAGUUAGAAGCCCUUAGGCCUGCCAAUGUCUUAAUGAAGCACUUAAAGGGCCAAUAAACAUGUAGCAUGCUCAGAAGAAAAUAAGCUAUAAUCUCAUAUUACUGAGGCUGGCUUUAGUCUAGUGUCUACCAAGACUGUUUUAGAAACUUUAAUUAACACUUCAUAGGCUAUUAACCUCGUUGGAAUAGUCAGUUGGAAUACUGGGGUUAAAGUAUACAUCAUUAUGGAUUUAUAGGUGCUAAUGUUGUCU